AUGGCCAUAGGCCCGACCGGCCCGCCCCGCAAGCCGCUCGCAAAGCAGACAGGUCCGCGCGGCUACGUCGCCCACUUGGUGGUGCGCGUGCGCGGGCUGGCGGCCGAGCGGGAGGCGGGGGAGGCGGAGGCGGAGGCGGAGGCGCCUCGGCUGGCGCUCGCGCACCGCGCGCCGCUGCUGCUUGGAGGAGAUUUCAACGCCGGCAAGCACGGGACCGGCAGCUUGCACGACCUGCUCACCGGCAGGCGCGGGCACGACGAGUGGCCGGGCGACGAGGGAGAGCUGCGCUGGCCGCCCGACACGCAGCGCGCGCCCGUCCGCCUCGCGAGAGACUUGAGAGAUCCGCCCGAGGAGGAGCGGUACUUCGGCCACAUCGACUGGCUGCUCGCCGCGCACGAGUUUGCAAAGGGGCAGCCGCUCCUGCGCGCGCUGCGGCCGUCCGAGGUGCCCUCGCUGCCGCCGGGCGGCUGCAUCUUCCCGUCGGACCACUACCCCGUCUUCGCCGACGUGCAGCUGGUGCCGCACGGGUGA